AUGUCGCACAAGUUUAUGCUUCAACUCCGCAACACACUUCCACGAAACCCCCUUGACGCACAUCUCCUCGGCACACUUCUUCUACACACGUCCUCCCCACUCCUCCACACACCUCCGCACAACUCUGCAGUAAACAACAGCGGCACACCUCCUCGAACAACAUCGCAACACAUCCCCGUGGCGAAACGUCUCUUCACACCUCUUCGGCACACAUUUCCACGACACACUUCCGUACCACACCUCUUCGACAGACCUCUGCAUAGUUUCGCGAUGCACACCAUUUCCCCACACCUCCGCACACCUCCGCAAACUUACGCACACCUCCGCAGUAAACAACAGCGGCACACCUCGUCGAACACCUUGGCAACACAUCGCCGUGGCGAAAAGUCUCUUCACACCUCUUCGGAACAGAUUUCCACGACACACUUCCGUACCACACCUCUUCGACAGACCUCUGCAUACUUUCGCGGUGCACACCAUUUCCGCACACCUCUGCGCACCUUUACGGCGCAUCUCCGCUGCUCAUCUUCUCUGAUCACCCCACUGGCAUUUUUACCAAAUUAUCUCUUAAUGUAA